CAGGCAGAGCUCGGGAUCUGGGAUCUGACCAGCACAGACAUGCCGGUGCUGUCCGAGGACUCCGGUCUGCAUGAGACCCUGGCACUGCUGACCUCUCAGCUCAGACCUGACUCCAACCACAAGGAAGAGAUGGGCUUCCUAAGGGAUGUUUUCAGUGAAAAAAGUCUCAGUUACCUAAUGAAGAUUCACGAGAAGCUUCGCUAUUACGAGAGACAGAAUCCAACCCCUGUUCUGCACAGCGCUGUGGCCCUCGCCGAGGAUGUGAUGGAGGAGCUGCAGGCCGCCUCCGUGCAUGGUGACGAGAGGGAGCUGCUCCAGCUGCUGUCCACCCCCCACCUCAGGGCCAUGCUCAUGGUCCACGACACGGUUGCCCAGAAGAAUUUUGACCCUGUCCUCCCCCCUCUGCCUGAUCAUAUUGACGAGGAUUUUGAGGAAGAAUCGGUGAAGAUUGUCCGCCUGGUGAAGAACAAGGAACCCCUGGGCGCCACCAUCCGGAGGGAUGAGCACUCAGGGGCUGUCGUGGUGGCCAGGAUCAUGCGAGGGGGUGCAGCAGACCGGAGCGGCCUGGUCCACGUUGGAGACGAGCUCCGAGAAGUGAACGGGAUUGCAGUCCUGCACAAGCGGCCGGACGAGAUCAGCCAGAUUCUGGCCCAGUCCCAGGGAUCCAUCACCCUGAAAAUCAUUCCAGCCACCCAGGAGGAGGACCACUUAGAGGAGAGCAAGGUGUUCAUGCGGGCUCUCUUCCACUACAACCCUCGGGAGGACCGGGCCAUUCCCUGCCAGGAGGCUGGCCUGCCUUUCCAGCGCAGGCAGGUCCUGGAGGUGGUGAGCCAGGAUGACCCCACGUGGUGGCAGGCCAAGCGAGUUGGAGACACCAACCUUCGAGCUGGCCUUAUUCCCUCCAAGCAGUUCCAGGAAAGGCGACUAAGCUACCGGAGAGCCACAGGCACCCUGCCAAGCCCCCAGAGCCUCAAGAAGCCCCCCUAUGAUCAGCCUUGUGACAAAGAGACCUGUGACUGUGAGGGGUACCUCAGAGGGCACUACGUGGCUGGUCUUCGGAGGAGCUUCCGGCUGGGCCGCAGGGAGAGACUGGGAAGCCCGCAGGAAGGAAAGGUGUCCUCGGUAGCUGAGUCUCCAGAGCUGCUGACCUACGAGGAGGUGACCAGAUACCAGCACCAGCCCGGCGAGCGGCCCCGCCUGGUGGUUCUGAUCGGGUCUCUGGGAGCCCGACUGCACGAGCUGAAGCAGAAGGUGGUGGCAGAGAACCCACAGCACUUUGGUGUUGCCGUUCCACAUACUACCAGGCCUCGAAAGAGCCAUGAGAAGGAGGGGGUGGAAUAUCACUUCGUCUCGAAGCAAGCAUUUGAGGCUGGCUUACAUCACAACAAGUUCCUGGAGCAUGGAGAAUAUAAGGAAAAUCUCUAUGGAACCAGCCUGGACGCCAUUCAGGCUGUGAUGGCCAAAAACAAAGUUUGUUUGGUGGACGUGGAGCCAGACGCACUGCCACAACUGAGGACCUCAGAGUUCAAGCCUUAUGUUAUAUUUGUAAAGCCUGCAAUUCAGGAAAAAAGGAAGACGCCACCCAUGUCCCCAGCUUGUGAGGACACAGCAGCCCUACUUGAUGAGGAGCAGCACGAGAUGGCCGCCUCCGCCGCCUUCAUAGACCAGCAUUAUGGGCACCUUGUGGACGCCGUGCUGGUGAAGGAGGAUCUCCAGAGUGCACACAGCCAGCUCCGAGUGCUCUUAGAGAAGCUGAGCAAGGACACUCACUGGGUACCUAUUAGUUGGGUCAGGUAACUGCAUCCUAGACCAGGUUGGAGGGGGCCUGGAAGACCACCUAGUCCGGCCUCCCCCAUGUUACUGUGAAGGAAUCUCAAGCACGCAGAGGGGCAGCAUUUUCCAUAAACUCCAUCCUCAAGAAGAGUAUACAUGUUCGUUGUUGGUUUUUGUCUGUUGGUGUUCACUGCACCCUUUUGGAGCAGAAAACGUGAGUUGAAAGGGGCGUGUCACAAAGUAACACACUUCGUUCAUUAAAUUAUCACAGGCAAGUUGACCCUGAUUCUCUGUACCAAA